UCCCCCAUUCUCAGUGAGCGAAACAAACAUGGCGGUAGACUCGAGUGGACCAGGGUUUAGGCUAACUUUAUUCUUAUUUACCUGCGCUUUUCUGGGGACCCGGACUGAGGUGGCGGGCCAGGACACGGGAGGCCCCCCGCGGAUACUUGGCAUGCGGCUGGAGAGGAGCGACACCCCGGCAGCCACCACGGAAAAGGGGAUAAUCCAGGUGACGGAGGGCAGUGACAUCCUCUGCAGGUUCUACGGGCUGAGCUUGCUCCCCAACAGCUCGGGUCUGAUCAGGUUUACGGAACUUUACUCUAGCGAUAAAGAGGAUGACGAUCUGGGAGCGAUAGACGUGCAGUUCAACAGGACUUGUCCCGAGCCUACUAUAGAUGUAAUUGUGCGCAAAGGUAUGAACAUUUCCAAUCAUAAUACAGCCGGAGUGGUCAGUGUUCGGGUCAAACAACUUCGUAAGAGCGAAGUGGUCAAAGUUUUCGGCUUGUGCGUACGCGACAGCUUGGAAGAUGACAAAUGGCGACUGUUGGAUGAAAUUGAUGGACGAUUGCGCGUGGUGGAGGAGAAAAAGUCGCUUCUUCCCAUGUGGUUGCAAGUUAUCCUGAUCGCCUGCCUCUUGGUCCUGUCUGGGAUGUUCAGCGGGCUUAACCUUGGACUGAUGGCGCUGGACCCCAUGGAGCUUCGCAUUGUGCAAAGUUGUGGCACAGAGAAGGAGAAGAAGUACGCGAGAAAAAUCGAGCCUAUUCGUAGGAAGGGUAACUACCUAUUGUGCUCCCUUCUUCUUGGAAAUGUCCUUGUCAACACCACUCUCACUAUACUACUUGAUGAUCUCAUUGGCUCUGGUCUAGGGGCUGUGGUCGCUUCUACGAUUGGCAUUGUUAUAUUUGGAGAAAUUGUGCCCCAAGCCCUCUGCUCCCGCCAUGGUUUAGCUGUAGGUGCCAACACUAUCCUCCUCACCAAGUUGUUCAUGCUUUUGACUUUCCCGCUCUCAUGGCCUAUAAGUAAGCUUUUAGACUGCGUUUUGGGGCAAGAAAUUGGCACGGUUUACAAUAGAGAGAAGUUGGUGGAGAUGCUCAAAGUGACAGAGCCUUAUAAUGAUCUGGUGAAAGAGGAACUUAACAUGAUCCAAGGAGCGCUUGAGCUAAGGACCAAAACCGUAGAAGAUGUAAUGACUCCGCUUAGUAACUGUUUUAUGAUCCACAGCGGGACCGUUUUAGACUUUAACACCAUGUCAGAGAUAAUGGAAAGUGGUUACACAAGGAUACCUGUCUAUGAAGAUGAGCGGUCAAAUAUAGUGGACAUCUUGUUUGUCAAAGAUUUGGCAUUCGUCGAUCCGGAUGAUGCCACCACCCUCAAGACCAUCACGAAGUUCUACAACCAUCCAGUGCAUUUUGUGUUCCACGAUACGAAGUUGGACGCCAUGUUAGAAGAAUUCAAAAAAGGAAAGUCCCACCUGGCCAUUGUCCAGAAAGUCAACAAUGAGGGAGAAGGAGACCCUUUUUAUGAAGUUUUGGGACUGGUCACCCUUGAAGAUGUUAUUGAGGAAAUCAUCAAAUCAGAGAUCCUAGAUGAAUCAGACAUGUACACGGAUAAUCGUAACAGGAAGAAAGUGGCCCCAAAUAAAAACAAGAGGGACUUCUCCGCCUUUAAAUACGAGAGUGAAUCAAAAGUGAAGAUUUCUUCUCAGCUCCUGCUGGCCGCUCAUCGCUUCCUAGCAACAGAGGUCAGCUUGUUCAGCCCGUCUCAGAUCUCAGACAAAGUUUUACUGAGGAUUCUGCGACAUCCUGACGUCAUCCAGGAAAUAAAAUACAACGACAACGACAAGCGCUCGCUCCAUCACUAUGUUUACCAGAGGGGCAAGGCUGUGGAUUACUUUGUGCUCAUCCUACAGGGCCGAGUGGAGGUGGAGGCGGGCAAUGAGAACAUGAAGUUUGAGAGUGGACCUUUCUCGUACUAUGGGGUCAUGGCCCUCAGCGCUCCUGCUCUGGAGUUCCGGUCCCCCUCUCACAUAAGUGGUCUGAACCGCACGUCGUCUCUGAGCGGAGCCGACCGGACCGAGUCUCUGUCCAUCAGCGGCAGCAACAGCCAACUCAACAACAGCCUCCCCGUGCAGCAGUACAUCCCCGACUUCAACGUGCGGGCCCUCACGGACCUGCAGUUUGUCAAGAUCACCAGGGCCCAGUACCAGAAUGGCUUGAUGGCAUCUCGCUUGGACAGCACCCCUCAGUCUCCAGAGAGCACCCAUCAGACGCCCAUCCUGGACCCUACCGUACCCCUUAGUACCACUACCACCACCACCCCUCCACCCUCCACCCCCCUGGCCAUCUCAGAUCUGAACAGGCAGGACUCAAAUGUGCUAGAAAAUGGACCGGAUGAGACCACGUUACUCCUCCAGAAUGAAAUCCAUGCCCCCCAUAGUGCCCCGAACCACCACAGCUCUCUGGACAACAGUAUCUGACCCUCAGCCCGACCCACUCACACUGCACAUUUAGGCUGAGAGACACAGACUGUGCUUAAGAGUGGGAACAAGCAGAUCCAAAGACGGUAGACAUGCCAAAGGAAACACUGCAAAUGUCUACAGAAGUUGAAAUAGCUUGAAUUUUGAAUAUUAAUUUUGUUUUAUUAUUUUUACUCUAGAUUUUUUUUUUUUUUUUUUGACUGGUAUAUUUGUUUAUUUUUAUUUAGAAUGGAUUAUCCAAAUUUUUACUAACAUGAUCUACAAAAUUAGCCAUAAAUUCUCACUCCAGGGACAGAUAUUUUUUCUUAAAAGUACAAAAAAAAUAAAAAUAAAAAUCUUGAAACAUACAAAAGCGUAAACCAAAAUCAGGGUUACAAGAUGAUUUUCAGAAAUUAUAUUAUCAUAAUAUUAGUAUUUAACCCAUAGACUGUAUAAAGAAGUGCAGUGUUCGGCUCCAGUUAAAUGAAGCUCAUCAAGUCUAGCAGUUAUAAGGACGAAUUUGGAGCAGAGUUCCAUAUUUGACAGCGAGUAUCGUAGCAAUCAAAGAGUCAAUUCGGAGCGAAGCUGUUGAAGGUAACACCCCCUUCCCGCCCACACCGCUAAUUUGGCAGGGUGUGGGCAUUUAGCAACACUGUCAAUGAAACCUGUUGCUAACGCUAGUGGGAGCGACCUUGGGGAAAGAAAGCACCUGAUUUGUCUGUUAUUAAUGUUCAUAUCUUGAGCUACAGACACAACAGCAAAAAAACAUACCAGGAUCAUGUUGAAGGGGUCAAUACAAACAUUUUAAGACCAAAAUGACGAGCCUCACAACAGCAGUUAAAGAGAGAGGGUUGACAGUUCUUUAAUGUAAAGUGAAUUGGAGUUAUAGUCGAUGUAGCCGGAAGUGCGCCCUGCUUUGGAACGUGACAGCACGGUCAUGGCAGCUAGUGCGUUAGCUAUGUCCAUUUAUAUAUACAGUCUAUGAUUUCAUCUUUAUUAAAAUAAGAUUUUAGUAAAUUAGUUAAAGAAAAACUAACAAAUACACUAGUUAAAACCAUUGUAAAUGGACCAGAAUUCAAAUAUUUUUCCCCCAAGAAAUCAUAAUUACAUAUAUAAUUACAGUACAAUUUAUCUUUACAGUGGGGGUCCCAAGUUGCGCACAAUGGUUUUUUAUUAGCCCUGCUUGAAAAAUGUGGAUAUCCAUGAUAAACCUACAAACCAAAUAGAUCUAAACAAGCCAAAAUUCAAAGUUUUAAGUUUUAAUUCAAGUUAUUUUAAAUCUGUAAACUUUGUGUUUUGCAGUGAACAGACAUAAGGAAACUCCAGUUGUUUUGUAAGCCUGUGCACCUUCAUGUAAUUGGACCUCUGCUACCUUUCUUUCUCUGUCCUAAUAGAAAGACUCAGGGAGACCCCACAACCCCUUUUUGUCCCUCCCAAGCUACUGUAUGCCCCCGAACCCAAACAACUCUGCCGCAUGUGUAGCACUGUGCAGUCUUCUUUCCAUCUAUCUCACCAGCUAGAAGGCAAAGAGCAACUUACACCAAGAAACACAACUUGCAUCUUCCGUAAAAGGCUUAAAAUGAACUGAUAUUUAUUGAACUAAUAUGAGUGUUUGGGUUUAUAGCUACUGUACUACUGUUUGUCUUUUCCUGGUUUGAGAAGUGAUCGCCUCUUGUUGGCUUUUGGAUUUUACAAGUAAUUAUGUCAUAGGGAGAGUUUUAACCAUAGAGAGCAGGGUCACAAAUCAAAAGCUUUGGGGAAAAUCAGCCAUGUUUGUCCAUAGAGAUGCUUUAGCCUAAACAGUAUAAAAAGCAAACAAAAGAGCUCUGAAAUAAUCACAAUAACUUCCAAAUUAGUUAGUUAGAAUAUUUAUUUUAAGCCUACACAUUUAAUUCACAUAUUAACAUAACCGCACAGACACAACAAACAUUCACACACAUCCAGACAAGACACUGGCCCAAUGCUCUUCGACCCUACACCUCCCUCCCCUGAUAUUACCCUUUGUGUUGAGGACAUCACUCUCUCACCUCCAGGUGUUUCCUCAUUAUUUCUCUUUUAAAUACACUUUUAACCUGAUCCAGAUUCGUACAAACUUUUAAUUCUUCUGUUAAGCUGUUCCACAGACUAACUCCACUGAGAUGGGCAUUGAUUUUAAAGUAGCUCUACAUUUAGGUUGAUAUAAUACUUUUACCUCUGAAUGUGUAACUAUGAUGAGCAUCUCGAAAUCUUGAUACAGAUCAUGUAAAUUGGCUACAAGGGAGUGAAUAGAUGCCCUGAACAUUAUCUUAUUCAUGUGCCUGUACAGGGCAAAGGGCAUGAACAUCGUCCUCUCAGUCGCCCCCAGCCUUAACAACACUAUUAGUUUAUAGUCAACAAUGAGUCAAAGUGACAGGGCUGAAAAUCACUGUAUAUCAUCUAAAGAAGUGGGGUGUCAUAAGUUGUUCAAUUUAUUGUGAUAACUAUCAUGGUUUAUGUGUGGUGGAAUCGCAAAUUUCCAUAGAAAUUUUUUUCAAUUUUUCAAUUUUGAAAGCUUCAAACUUCGGCUCUGAGCAUACAAAAAUAAAUAAACAAAAUUCCUAAGAAAAAUUAAGAAAUGGGUUCGUAUUGCUGCUGUUGAGCAAAAUAUGUAUAAGUUUUUAAUCACUACAUUUAACACUUUAAAAAUGUACUUUAAGAUCAAAAAGUAAAAGUAUUUUACACAAGUGUUGUUGAUUUGUUAAACGGGUAUUUAAAUACUUUUUCAUUUGAUACUUUGACUUUUACUUGAGUAACUUUUUAUCUCUGUAUCUGUACUUUUACUUAAAUAACAAAACUGAAUACUUCAUCCACAACUGAAAAUGGAUAACAGCCCCAGGCCGUCACUGGUAAUACUUUUGAGUGAAGGCAAACCCAAAUAACACCACAUGUUAAAAUCAUCGAUUACUUUUAAGCCAGCCAUUACUUUUGGGAGGUGUAACAACAAAAACACAGUUGCAAGAUAUUGCUUACAUAGUUUUGUUUUUUUUUAACUACACAUUUUAAACCUGAUUUGAUUAGUUUUAGCGAUCUAGGUAAUGAUUUUACUAUAUUACAAAAACUACUUGCAUAUUUCAUUGUAGCUGCUCCCCAUCGCUAUGACAUAUUAGGUGUUUUAAAUUUCAUGUCAUCUGAAAACCAGCAAUAGGUCUCUCUAUAAACUGUUUCUUGAUAAUCAGCCUGAAUGAGUCACUGGGUACAUCGGCUUUGAUUUUGUGUUUCUUUCGUUUGUGUUUCUUUUCUUUCCUUAUCGUAGCAGCUGAUGCCUGCGGUUCUGUGCCUGUAUGCAAGUGUCUGAACUAAAGUGUGCAUGUGACCAAAAUACCAUCACUUAAAGGUGUACUAUGUAACUUUUCUCAUUUAGGCACCACCGCCGCCUGCUUGUCUCCAUGGAGAUGUCAUUGCUAUACCUGGAAUGUUCCACAGUUUGGCAUUAAGCUUCUCUCUCUCAAGCAGGUAAUGAAACUAAGCCAAGUUACAGGUCAGACAGAAUGUUUGUCCACUGAUCUGAAGGUUGGCAGUUCAAUAUCAGCUCCCACAGAUGAAUGCUGUCGUUGUGUCGUUGGGCAAGACACUUAACCCACCUCGCCCCCAGUGUCUGCGUACACUGGUGUAUGAAUGUGUGUGAAUGGGUGAGUGGUUCCUUAAUGUAAAGCUCUUUGAGUGCCUUGAAGGUGGAAAACCGCUAUAUAAAAAUCUGAUCAUUUACCAGAUCUGUGGGAAGGCGAGCUGGCUCACUGUAGGAAUACUUGUUCAUCACUGCAAUAAAAAUGCCUCUAAUUGAAUAAAUAAGAUAGAUUAAGUUGAGAUGAGAAGUUUAAUGACCUACUGUGGAACAUUUCAGGAAAAACAAUAACAUUUCCAUGGAAACAAGCAGAUGGCAGACUAUCCAUCAGAAAAGUUACAUAGUGCACCUUUACUUUGUUGGGAACACAACCAAAAGAGGGGAUCGCGUUCACCUCAUGACUAGAAAAUUCUUACUAGAGUUUUAUUUAUUGUAUCCUUCAAUGCAAGUGUGUAUAUAAAGAUAUUGUAUUUGUGAAACGAUUUAUGAGUUUUCUUGCUAUUUGAUUUUACAUUGCGUUUCUUUUAUAUGUUUUUAAUUGGUUUGGUGGGGUUGGGUUCACACUGGUGUAUUUGUAAAUUAUUAUCGUUUUUCCCCAAAGCCAAUCCGUGAAUAAGGAACAUUACACUCCUUUUUUUUACUGUACCUGUACGCACCUGUCAUUUUAAAUUAAAGUUAUAGACUGCCAAAUACUA